CCAAGUGCUCCAGGCUGACCCUCUGAAGUCCCGGGGCUUAUCUUACUCCUUCCUUCCUAAUCAACUAGGGAAAUUUUCAGAUUUGGAGGUGAGGAAGAAAAAUUAGGUCACCUUAAGAUUUUCGUUUUGACCUGUUUAUUCUCCUCUUCCCUCAGGCCCCCUCCCCCAGUGCCACUCAGGCUGGACAUCUGUCCCAGACCGAAGCUCACCUUCCACUGCCCUUGCAGUCCAGAGGGUAGUUGGACUCUCUGAAUUGCUGCAGUCCCCUCCUCAAACCAGGGAGGAGGCUGGUAUGCAGGGUGCCCUGGGCCAACCCCCCAGUUUAGCCUCUGCCUCAGGCCUCAGUUUCCCCCCUUGGGACUCAGUUUCCCUAUCUACUAACUUGGAUCGGUGAUGCCCACUCCCUAGCCCCAGAGAAAGAAGGUCUAGGGAGCUCACAGGUGAGGAAGGACCCAGUGCUCAGCGCAGCCUGCUUUAGGCAGGGUCCUCCUCGGCGCGGUACCCCUAGGCCCUGCCGCUCGGCUCCCCUCCUCUGCGCGCCCCUCCUUCGAGACCUUCCCCUCCCUGCUUUCCCACUUCCCGUCUCUCCCCUGCCUCUGCUCCCGUCUGGCUGCCGGCUAGCUGUUUAGUGGGCCUCUUUCCCUCGAGCCUCCCCACGCCUCGCUGUUCCGCGCCCACCCCGGGGACCCAGCGCCCCCCCGCCGCCGCCUCGGGACCCGGAGGAGCAGCCCGAGCCCCCGCCACUCCCGCCAGGCCAGUCCCCGCCGCAGCGCGGGCGGGCGGUGCGCAGCCCCGGAACCCGCAGCCGAAUCACCGGCUGGGCGCGAACCCGCUCCGACCGCCGGCCCCAGCCAGGUACCAUGUUGCUGCUUCUGGUGGGCCUGCUGGGCCCGGCUGCCAGUUGGGCACUGGGCCCAGUGCCAGGCUCAGUGGAGCUGCGAUCGGCCUUCUCGGCUGCGCGCACCAGUCCGCUGGAGGGCACGUCAGAGAUGGCGGUGACCUUCGACAAAGUGUAUGUGAACAUCGGGGGAGAUUUCGAUGCAGCCACGGGCCGGUUCCGCUGCCGCGUGCCAGGCACCUAUUUCUUUUCCCUCACCGCUGGUAAGGCCCCGCAUAAGAGCCUGUCGAUGAUGUUGGUGCGCAACCGCGACGAGGUGCAGGCGCUGGCCUUCGAUGAGCAGCGGCGGCCAGGUGCGCAGCACGCAGCCAGUCAGAGCGCCAUGCUGCAGCUCGACUACGGUGACACGGUGUGGCUGCGGUUGCCCGGCGCCCUGCGGUACGCGCUUGGCGCGCCUGGCGCCACCUUCAGCGGCUACCUGGUGUACGCCGACGCCGACGCGCCUGCGCGCGGGCCGCCCGGGUCCCCGGAGCCGCGCUCGGCCUUCUCGGCAGCGCGCACGCGCAGCUUGGUGGGCUCGGACGCGGGCCCGGGGCCACGACACCGGCCGCUCUCUUUCGACAUUGAGCUUGUCAACAUCGGCGGCGACUUCGACGCUGCGGCCGGGGUGUUCCGCUGCCGCCUGCCGGGCGCCUACUUCUUCUCCUUCACACUGGGCAAGCUGCCGCACAAGACGCUGUCGGUGAAGCUGAUGAAGAACCGGGACGAAGUGCAGGCCAUGAUUUACGACGACGCCACAUCACGGCGCCGCGAGAUGCAGAGCCAGAGCGUGAUGCUGGCGCUGAGGCGCGGCGACGCCAUUUGGCUGCUCAGCCACGACCAUGAUGGCUACGGCGCCUACAGCAACCACGGCAAGUACAUUACCUUCUCCGGCUUCCUGGUGUACCCCGACCUCGUCCCCGCUGUCCUGCCGGGCCUCGGGCCUCCGGAGCUCUGAGCCUCAACAGGGAGAGGGGCCCGGGGGCGUGCAUGCCGAGUUGACCAGACCCAGGGCCGCAAACGCACCCCCACGCGAGCUUGAUGGCAAGGCUGGACUCUGCCAAUAAAGUGGGCCUGCGCCGGCGCCUGUCUACCCAGA